AUGACUGGCCCAUCCCUUGGUGGGAAGCGAUUGCCUGGUCACCAAACCGUCGGCGGCAGCGGCGGGCAAGCACAGAAGCAGCCGCCGAGGAAAUCAUGGCGUCCAUCCGACAAAGGCUAUGCUUCACGGCCUCCCCCGAACUGGAAACCCCGCCCGGGCGAUAUCCAAAUGGGCGACCCUAUAUACGUCCCGCCGAAACGUCGCUACAAGCCUGGAACUGUGGCUCUACGCGAGAUCAGGAGAUUCCAAUCAAGCACGAAACUCCUGGUGCAAAAACUGCCAUUUGCACGACUGUGUCGCGAGAUCGCUUCUACAUCAUCAAACCACAAUCUCUUCCUUACAAUGAGUCACGCGUUUCAAUUCCGCCUUGCCGCCCGCACAUUUGCUGCCCGAACUGGGCCCGGAGCAUGCAUUGGCGCUGUAUACUUGCUGAACUCGAAGCCAAUCCGCCUAGACGCCGCUCCUCCUUCCACCGUCGCUCAGCCCCAGCCGCGAAGAUCACUCAUGUCCCCCCAAGCGGUGCGACAGAUCUCGAAGGGCAGCUUUACUGGGUUUACUGCUGGCUUAGUCGUGGCUAUAUUCUCGCGCACCCUAGCAUCGUUAGGCGGUCUUGUGGCCCUUGCCAUCUACGUUGCGGGUCGUUACGGGAUUGACAUUGCACAGACGCUGGGUAUUAAGAAAUUUGUUGACACUCCAUCCUGGUGGCGAAGACUCGGGCGGUGCCCUUUGUUCACGACAUCGUUUGCCGUCACAUUUACCCUGGCCGCUUUUGCCCGCCUGUAA